GUGUGUCAGGCUAGGCUGCCAUGUCAGAAUCCGCCCUCCCAAACAUUGAUCGAGGCGCCCACCUGCUGGCAUGUUUCUGGAUACCCUUCCCAUGCGCGUCUCUACUAGUAUGUACACGCUUCUACAGUCGCAUUGCGCGGCAUGAAUUGGGUUUGGAUGAUUGGGCAAUUCUUGCUUCUUGGGUUUUAUAUGCCAUCGGUCUGGUGUUGAGUACGUUGAUGGUGCAACACGGAGGUGUGCGGCACAUUGAGUAUAUAGCCACCAGUGAUCUGCUGUUCGUCCUUAAGCUGGAAAUCAUAAACCAGCCUUUUGGUGUCUUUGGUGCACUUUUUGGCAAAAGCAGCGUGGCUCUAUUCAUUUCACGUAUCUCAGGGCACACCUCUAGGUGGCGCCGUUUGUUCCUCAUUAUAAAUGUUGUCUUGUACGCCGUCAUCAGUGUAGUCAAUGUCGCAGUCCUUUUUGGGCAAUGUAGGCCGAUCAGCGCCCUUUGGGAUCAAAGUCUACUCAGAUCAGGGCAUGCGACCUGUAUCGAGCCGAUGAUAAAUACUGAUAUAUCCAUGUUGCAGGCUGCAUUCGGCGCAUACUUGGAUUUUGCUCUAGCCCUCCUGCCGUUGACGUUCCUUAUCGAGCUCCGAGUUGAUAUGCGAAAACGCAUGGCCCUUUGUCUAAUUCUUGGUCUCGGGAUCAUCGCUGGUGUCUGCGCCUGUGUCAAAACAUCCAAGUUUUCGGCUGCGGCCAGCCUGAGCGACCCCACAUGGGGGAGUUACUCACUAUAUAUGUGGGCGUCGCUGGAGCUACCGUUUGUGAUAAUUGCCGCGUGCAUUCCGCCGUCAAAACCAGUGUGGGAUUUUCUCAUCAAAAGGAAGCCAAUCAGUGUGUCGAACAGCGGCUCGAACUACGAUCCGGGGUCCAAUUCAUCGUACAGGCUAAUUCCAGUGAAGGUAUCAGCCUAUGUGGAGUCCAUGGGGCCAAAUAAAAGCUUCAAGCAUGUCGCUUGUAAUAGAGAGGAUCCGGUACCUAUGGAUGAAUCACCAGAUCAAGUUUGGCGAACAGUCCAGAUUAUGCAGACUAGCCAGGUGAUACCGGCAGGUGAGCAUUUAGAGAAGACUCGAGAGAUAGUUGCCAGGGGAACCACUCAAUGACACCACCCGGAAAGUUGAAGGGCAAGAUAGUCGUUGUAUGAAUGUAUUUUGCUGGAGUUCAGUUCUUUUUUUUGUGUGUCGCAAUAGUUGCACGGCUGUGGCCACUUACUUUUUCGACUAUGAAUAAUCCUGUACUCACCACAAUAUUCG